CGUCGGUUCAUGGACAAUAUAUACAGUGUGUACCGUAUAUAUAAUGACCCACAGGACGCCACUAUCAUUAUCAAACAGGCAACAUGAGAGUUUCAAUUGUCCUUGCUCUUGUUUUAGCUUUUGUCGCUCUAGCAGCUUCCGAGACGUGCACGAGUGCCGAUGGAUGCCAGGCCACACAAUGUGACAGUGCGUCUGAAGUCGCCUGCGUGAACGGACAGUGUACCUGUGAGCUCAGGGAUGGAUAUUGUGACUACCUGGAGGACUGUCUAACGGUGGAGAACUGGUUCUGUCCCCAAGAGUUUAGGCACUGUGUUGAUAACCGCUGCCGUUGUCGCUUUGAUGUAUAAAAAUCAUUGUCAAAACUA